AUGAUUUUUGAAGAAUGGACAAAUACUCCAACACUUGAUCUCUUGUUAGACAAAUGGUCAAUUUAUCGUGAUAAAACUUUAUCGAUGUUAAAUAUUAAAGAUAAUAUUUCAAUACUUUUACUAAAUGUCUCCAGCUUAAAUCGUCAUAUGGUAGAGAUCUUUAAACUUAUUGAUACUACUUCUCCAUCAAUUAUUACAUUAAAUGGAACACAUCAUGAUGAAAGAUCGACUAAACAGUUUACGAAACACUUCUUUAACUAUAAUGUCUUCUCGAUCAAUGGUACAAAUGCUUUUGGAGGUGUUUUAGUUGCUAUACAUAAAUCAAUUCGUACUCAAAGAAUGGUUGAGUUCGAGAAUAUACCGAACUUGAUUGCGCUAGAAAUAGGUGAAGAACAAAAUAAAUUUCAAUUAGUCACAUGUUAUUCACCACCACAUGAACAAAUUCCUUUUGAAAUUUUUGAUCGAAUAUUACAAAAAAAUGAAAAUACUAUCUUCACCGGAGACCUAAAUGCUAAACACAAUUCUUGGUCUCGCUCGGUGGAAAAUCCAAAAGGAAAAACAUUAUUUAAUUGGUUAUCCUCAUCACCAACACAUGCAACAAUGGAAAUUAUUAAUAAAUUUAUUCCAACGUCUACUCGUUCAAAGGCAACAAUUGAUCUAAUUAUUGCACCGUCACAUAUGGCAUCAGAUACUUUUUCAGUUUUGCCAUCCAUUGGUAGUGAUCAUCAUCCAGUUAUUUGGCGCUCUACAAUUAAAAUAUCUACUGCACAUCAAAAAUAUCCAAUUAAACGAACUCACUGGAAAUUAUUUGAAGUUUUUCUUACGUUUACCGGUAGUUAUUGGAAUAAACUUGCAGAAGAUAUGGCUCAUUCAACUACUUUUUUCACACUCUACGAGAGAUUUCUAUCGUUGAGUAUAUCACGUUUUACCAAUGUUACAUUCAGAAAGUCGUUCAAACCAACUUUACCACAAAAUAUUAUACUUUUAAUUAAUAAAAAACAUAUGUAUUUAAAAUUAUUUCGAAGAACCUAUCAUCCAUAUUAUGCAAUAAUGUUACGUGAUAUAUCGAAACUAGUACAAAAAACACUUUUUCAAUAUAAAAGAAAAUUAUGGCUCGACUAUUGUGGUUCAUUCAAUGACUGUGAUACAAAAUCUUUUUGGCAAAAGGCAAAACGACAUUUCCGUUCAAAAUCUACACCAGUUGAAGGUUUUGUUAUUAACAACAACACCAUUACCUCACCAGAUGAAAUGUGUGCUGUUGCAAAAAAUUAUUACGAAGAACAAUUUACUGAUCAUCAAGAUACAAAAACAGAUAUCGAUAUUGAAGCAAGAAUAAAUGUGAACGAACUCAAUGAAAUCCUGAUUAACAGACCUCCUAAUCCGAUGAAUAUUACUUAUCAACAACUAUACAGGAUCAUUACAUCCAUGAAAAAGAAAAACUCAUCAGGUAUAGAUGGAGUUUCAAAUAGAAUCAUCAAGAUACUUCCACCAAAUCAUGUAUCAAUCGUUUUGGCAUGCAUGAAUAAUUUUGCCUCUACUCUACAAACACCCACACACUGGCAUAUUGCAAGAAUGAUAUUGUUAUCCAAAACAAAAUCUAAGAUAACAUCUAUAGAUAAAACAAGACCAAUUUCGUUAUUACCAUGUUUUUCCAAAUUAUUUGAAAAAUGUUUUUUGAUACAAUUUCGUAGUUGGAUAGAUGAUUUUGCAAUACUUCCAGCAGAACAAACAGGUUUUAGACCAAAACACAACAUGUCUGUGCGUCUGAUAGCUAUGAUCGAUCAAAUUGGCCAAAGUCUGUCAAUGAAUACAGCAGCAGCAGGACUUUUUGUGGACUUCAGUUCUGCUUUUAACCAGUUAUGGUUUAAUGGAUUAUGGUUAAAGCUGAACAAAUUACAUUGUCCAUUGUAUAUAAUAGCCUGGCUGAAACAUUACUUGUGUGGUAGGAAAGCUUACAUCGACAUUAAAAAUACAAUUUCAUCUACUUUUGAUCUCAAGAAAGGCGUUCCACAAGGGAGCUGUAUAGGUCCUGUAUUAUUCAUUGUAUACCAUCAUGAUUUACUUGAAGCACUGUCGACUAUUCAUUGGAAGCAUUUAUAUGCAGAUGAUUUGGCGGUACUUAUUGCACCAUCAUCAGCACUGUCAUCAAAGAAAAUGAUUAAAUCACUAAGAAGACAACUAGUACAGAUACUAAGACGAUUGAUAACAUAUUCAAACAAGUGGAAACAACCAAUCAACUAUGAUAAAACAUAUUGGACUUUCUUCAAUCGUCAAGCUAAUCCUAUCAUACCUAAUAUUCAGUGUAAAGAACACAAGAUUGAAC